AUGAAGGUGUUUGUUCUUGGCAAUGAUCUUAUGUGGUCUGAUCUUAAGGACCUUGGUGAGCUCAAUAUUAACUUUGAGUUGGUUACUCCAUUCAAACCAUUUGAUCAGCUUCUCGGAGUUUUUCCUGCUGCAAGCUCUCAUGCUCUGCCCGAGCCAUAUAGGAAACUUAUGACCGAUCCAAACUUGCCAAUUAUUGACUUUUAUCCAAUAGAUGGUUCGAUGGCGUCCUCAUUUUUGAAGGCUUGUUUUUCAUGUGGGGAAGACCCAAGUCAAGUUCCAGGAUUUUUGCCAACCAUCUUUUGUUGCAUCAUCUGUUAUUGA